AUGGGUAUCCCACUUAGGGGUAUGGGAAAGAAAAAACGAGCCGCUUAUGUUGAAUACGCAAUACACCAUAGAAAAAAGUAUGGAGCAAAUAAUGGGAAAAACUUGAGCAUCCCUGAACUUGUCAAGCUCGCCAAUCCUGAUUGGCUCAAUGAGCCUGAUGAAAUCAAGGAGCACUGGAAGGCUAUUGCAAAGGGUCAAACUCCUUCUAGGAUCACUCAAAGACAUGAGACAUCGUGCCAACGUAUGGACACUGAGGCAGCGGUUAUGACUGAUAUGUCCUUGGGUAACAAAUGGAAUGAUAAAAAGUGGGCUAAGAUAAGUAAAGGCUCUCAGUCAUUUAAAGAAUCAAUCUUGUCAGUUGAUUCUAUCAUCGAUAGACCAUUGGGUAUAAUCGACUUCAGUGCCCAUGUAGAAUAUAUGGAUGGCUUCACUGUUCCAGCCGAGUUUUCACUAGUCCAGGGGACCAUAAGAAAUGGACUUGAUCAUACAUCAAUUUACAAUGAACUUCUACGCAUUGAUCCUCUAAACAAAAACCACUUACGAGAUGGUUAUAGAAAUGAUUUGAAAGUAAACUGUGAAAGAGAACACGGAAUUGACAUUGACACGACACAGAACCUCGCAAUUGAUCUGGAAGAGUUUUGUUCAGAGAUAACAGAGUUGAUAACAAAGCCGAAAGACAUGUUGUUAUUGUGCAGAAAGGAGGACGUUUCUAGGGUACUAGGGUCCUGGUAUUGGUUGAAAAGAAGAUAUAACCUUCCUAAAAUACAGGUGAUAACUUUGGAGCAGUUUGUGAUUAUCAUAAUCAAUUACCUGAUUGACGAACUUGGUCGAGGUCAAUGUGGGAACAAGUUUAGUGAAGCAUCUCUUACUGAUAAAUUUAGUACGACAUUUCGCGACACUGAUCCUGAAUUCCGCUGUAAAUACCACAACACUGAUGAAGCGUGUGAAAAACGCAGCUGUACCAAGAAGAAUGCCAAGAAAUAUUUUUACCUCCUGAUGCCUUUGCUGAAUGAUUUUUUACCGGAAGUGAUACUUGAAGAGGGAAAACACUACUAUGAUCCCGCACCUGUUGGCUCAAAGAAACGAGCAGGACGACCUCUAGCACCAGCGAAUACACCAGCACCAAGUAGCAGAUCACCUGAACCUGAGCCCAGAUAUCAAGACUUCCGAGAGGAGCCUGAAGUGAACAAGCCAAGACGACCACAGGAAACCUAUUCUUCAUCUCAGAACAAAUGCUCCAACAACAAUGAACGAUCAUCACCGACCUGUGACAGUGGAAAUUCCUCCGCUAGUAGUAACACAGAUGGCCUUGUAAAUGAUGGCAUCCCACCAGAACGACCAAGACGUCCCAAAACAAGUCUGAAGAAAGUAGACGAUAAAACCCUGACGAAGAGUUCGCUGAGUUAUGAUCCUGUGUACCAGCAGAACGGGGCAAGCGCUGUGGAGGUUUCGCUUGGCAGGCAAGGUUUGAGCGGAAGAGGACGAGCUCGCUACAAAUCUUCCUCCCCCUCCCCACCACCAGGACACCCCGCUCAUCCUAGUUGUGCUGCUCUAGAACCUGGUGUGAAUCCACCAACUCUGUCUGCUAAACAGGGUAGUUACGGUAGAGGGAGGCUGAUGUUUGCCGCAGCACAAGUACCAACCAUGGUCUCAAGAACUGAAACUUUAUCUGUGUCCGACCAAAAAAGAUACAGCCAUGAUUAGACUCUAGAUUAGAAAUGUAACUGUUUAUUUUUUAAGUAAUAUGUGUUUUGUUAUUUUUAAACAAUUCAUAAAAUCCAAUUCACCUUUAAUGUAGUUUAAUGUAGUUAAUUGUCUUGUAUUUUCAAAAUUUAUAUUCCAAAGCAUUUCCUUAAAAUUAUUGUGUGAAAAUUGUUUACUCAAUUGAGUGUUCACCUAUUAUAUAUGAUUGAGGAGUCGUAUUUACUUGGGAAGGAGCACAAUCCUGCAAAGCAAACGAGCUAAAAGUAAAGCUAAGAGUGGUAACUAGAGUCGACUCUAAGAGGUGCUUCGAAUUUCGAAUUUAUGCCAUGUACAUUGUACAUUAUAUUUGAGAUAACAAAAUCGGUUGAAUCCCCAUAGCUGUUUCAAGAUUCUUUACUUUUAGAUCAAACUUUUAGCUCUCCUUUUAAACUUUUAAUUUUGUUACAAAUUUUUAAUAAUCACGCUUUGUAUUUGAAUUUUAUCAUCAAUUGUAUUUUCGAAAUUUUCAAAGAACUGUCCACAUGCACAGUAUGGAAGGUUUUUAAAUUAUAAUUUAUUGAAACAUAUUGAACAAUUAAUGUUAUAAGUAAAUUUACUUGAUUAAAUCUUUAAAUGGAUUUCG